UUGUGCAGCAAUAAUCUGCCAAUAGCGAGCCUGCUGAGGUGGGGAGAGAGCGAGCACAAGCACAUACUAUACAGCGUGCGAAGCUCGUGUUUAUAUGUAAUAUGUGAGCGGCAGGAAGCAGCUCGCUCUGCUCAUUGCAGAAGGACGGCAGGAUGGCGAGAGGACGGCGGGGUCUCGUGGCCCCUCAGAACACGUUUCUAGAGAACAUCGUCCGCCGGUCCAACGAUACCAAUUUUGUGCUGGGAAACGCUCAGAUCGUGGAGUGGCCUAUCGUCUAUAGCAAUGAUGGCUUCUGUAAACUCUCUGGCUACCAUCGUGCUGAGGUCAUGCAAAAGAGCAGCACCUGCAGCUUCAUGUAUGGAGAGCUGACAGACAAGGAAAUGAGUGAGAAGGUUCGACAGACCUUUGAGAACUACGAGAUGAACUCUUUUGAGAUUCUGAUGUACAAGAAAAACCGGAUGCCAGUUUGGUUUUUCAUGAAGAUUGCCCCAAUCAGAAAUGAGCAGGACAAAGUUGUCCUGUUUCUCUGCACUUUCAGUGACAUCACUGCCUUCAAGCAACCGAUUGAGGAUGAAUCUUCUAAAGGGUGGGGUAAAUUUGCUCGUUUGACUCGUGCACUAACCAGCAGUCGAGGAGUUCUUCAGCAGCUUGCCCCAGCUGUCCAUAAAGGAGAGAAUGUUCAUAAACAUUCACGCCUGGCAGAGGUUCUGCAGCUCGGCUCAGAUAUCCUACCUCAGUACAAGCAGGAAACCCCAAAGACACCACCUCACAUCAUCCUGCACUACUGCCUCUUCAAGACCACAUGGGACUGGGUUAUCCUCAUCCUCACCUUCUACACCGCCAUCAUGGUGCCCUACAAUGUCUCCUUCAAGAUGAAGCAGAACAACGUCACGUGGCUGGUGGUAGACAGCAUUGUGGAUGUCAUCUUCCUCGUGGACAUUGUCCUCAAUUUCCACACUACGUUUGUUGGUCCAGCUGGAGAGGUUAUCUCUGAUCCCAAACUAAUUCGCAUGAACUAUGUCAAAACCUGGUUUGUCAUCGACCUCUUGUCCUGCUUGCCUUAUGAUGUUAUCAACGCUUUUGAGAAUGUGGAUGAGGGAAUCAGCAGCCUUUUUAGCUCUCUCAAAGUGGUACGUCUGCUGCGUUUGGGUCGAGUUGCCAGAAAGCUGGAUCAUUACAUUGAGUAUGGCGCUGCUGUGCUGGUUUUGCUGGUUUGUGUGUUUGGCCUGGCAGCCCACUGGCUGGCCUGUAUCUGGUACAGCAUCGGAUACUAUGAGGUGAUUGAUGAGAACACCAACACUGUGAGGAUGGACAGCUGGUUGUACCUGUUAGGAGAGACAGUUGGGACGCCAUACAGAUUCAAUGCCUCGAGCUCAGGCAUCUGGGAGGGCGGGCCCGGUAAAGACUCAGCCUACAUCACUUCGUUGUACUUUACCAUGACCAGUCUGACAAGUAUAGGCUUUGGUAACAUCGCCCCAACGACAGACGGAGAGAAAAUCUUUGCUGUGGCCAUGAUGAUGAUUGGAUCGCUGCUGUAUGCCACCAUUUUUGGUAACGUCACCACCAUCUUCCAGCAGAUGUAUGCCAACACCAACAGGUACCAUGAGAUGCUCAACAGUGUGAGAGACUUCCUCAAGCUCUACCAGGUCCCUAAAGGCUUGAGUGAGCGUGUGAUGGACUACAUUGUGUCCACCUGGUCCAUGUCAAGAGGCAUUGAUACUGACAAGGUGCUGCAGAUUUGUCCAAAGGACAUGCGAGCAGACAUCUGUGUCCACCUCAACAGGAAGGUGUUUAAGGAACACCCGGCAUUUCGCCUGGCCAGUGAUGGCUGCCUGCGGGCUCUGGCCAUGGAGUUUCAGACCAUCCACAGUGCCCCUGGUGACCUUAUCUAUCAUGCUGGAGAGAGCGUGGACAGCCUUUGCUUCGUCGUGUCAGGAUCGCUGGAGGUCAUCCAGGACGAUGAGGUGGUGGCCAUUUUAGGUAAAGGUGAUGUGUUUGGUGACGUGUUCUGGAAGGAGAUGACACUGGCUCAGUCCUGCGCUAAUGUCCGAGCAUUGACCUACUGUGACCUCCAUAUAAUCAAAAGAGAUGCGCUGCAAAAAGUUCUGGAGUUUUACGCCAACUUUGCAAACCACUUUGCCAAGAACCUGGUGCUUACUUACAACCUGAGGAAGAGGAUUGUCUUUCGGAAGAUCAGUGAUGUGAAACGUGAAGAGGAAGAGAUGCUGAAAAGGAAGAAUGAGGCUCCUCUCAACCUCCCACCAGACCACCCAGUUCGACGACUCUUUCAGCGUUUCCGGCAGCAGAAGGAAGCCCGUCUCGCUGUUGAGCGGGGUAGUCAGGCCACUGGUGAUGUCGAGAAAGGUGUUAUUCACCUGGAGCCAUCCAGAGGUCCAGAGAGGCUUGCCUCUACUAGUAUUGUCAUAGUAACUGAGAACCAAACUGCAACCACCAGUUCCUCCACAUCUUCAUCAUCCAGGGCAUCCAGCCAAGCCAUGUUUCAUGUUCCCGGCAUCCAAAAUGGCAGCCUAACUGGUUGCAAAUCUGCAGAGCCACCCAAAGCUAAAGGGUGGGGACGUUUCAAAGAGUCAGUUGUGAAAGCUGAGUCGUGGAGCAGUGUCUCCAAGGCUGAGUCCAUGGAAAUGCUGACUGAUAGAACUAAGUGUCACAACGAGGUGUCUCUAAGGAAAACAGAUUCAUGUGACAGUGGCAUCACAAAGAGCGAUCUCCGCUUAGAUAAUGUUGGCAGUGUCAGAACACCACAGGAGCGAAGCCCAGUCCAGUCUGAUGAAAAGAGGGUCUUUUGUCCAAUACCAGAGCAGAGUGUGCAAGCGUCUAUCCUCGAGUUCAAACAAGAAUUAAAAGGAGACAUCAGAAAUCUGAACAGUCGCAUGACAGUGCUGGAGACACAGCUUACAGAGGUGCUACGACUUCUUAAAUCAAGGAAAUCAUCUGGGUCCUUUUUCGAGUUCUCUCGGCCACCAUCUCCUGACUCUGAUAAGGACAGCUUCAAUUAAAUUAGAUGGCUCGGAUAAUUGUGGUUAAUGAUGAUUCAUCAUUGUCAUAUCAUACUCAGCAUACUCAUCCUAUGCUGUCUGUAUGGUAUCAUAUACCAUAUGAUACCUGGGACAUAAAGACAGCAAAAGCACCUUUUAUGUUUUCAGCAUUACGUUUCUUUUUGAGAUAGUCAGGUCCAUAAAUAUUGGGACACCGACACAAUUCUAACAUUUCUGGCUCUAUACACCACCACAAUGGAUUUCAAUGGAAUGAUACGAGCAAGAUGUGCUUUAACUGCAGACUGUCAACUUUUAUUUGAGGGUAUUUAUAUCCAAAUCAGGUGAACGGUUUGCAUAUGUGCCUCCCAAAAGUAAUGGGACAGAAUAAGAAUCAUAGAUCAAACUUUCACGUUUUAAUUCUUGGUUGCAAAUCCUUUGCAGUCAAAUACAGCACACACAUAGACAUCACCAGACGCUGGGUUUCAUCUCUGGUGAUGCUCUGCCAGGCCUCUACUGCAACCGUCUUCAGUUCCUGCUUGUUCUUGGGGCAUUUUCCCUUCAGUUUCGUCUUCAGCAAGUGAAAUGCAUGGCAUAUUUUAACCUGUGCUGCUUUUGUCAACAGUCACAUCAUCAAAUACAAGAGAACGCGUUCCACUGGCAGCCAUACAUGCCCACGCCAUGACACUACCACCACCAUGCUUCACUGAUGAGGUGGUAUGCUUAGGAUCAUGAGCAGUUCCUUGAUCUUGGUGUCAUCUGUCCAUAGGAUGUUGUUGUUCCAGAACUGUGAAGGAUUUUUAGAGGGUGUUUGGCAAAAUCUAAUCUGGCCUUCCUGUUUUUGGGGCCCACCAAUGGUUUACAUCUUGUGGUGAACCCUCUGUAUUCACACUGGUGAAGUCUUCUCUUGAUUAUUGACUUUGACACACAUAAACCUAAGCGUUUUUUUAUUCCCACCCUAUUCCCACCUACUAAUAAUCUGAAUACAUAUUGUUUGUGCAUCACAAGGCUGUAGUUUUACCUGUGGCAUGUGAGGUGACUUCAAGAUGCAAAUUAGACAAAAAAAAGUGAAGUGGUACAGAAUACUCUAGACAGCUAUCAUAUUUAAAGCAAGGGCCACAAAAGUUAACUUGGUAAGCUUUUACUAUAACGAGAUGAUCAGAGCCAACUUGCUAAUGCUGGUGCUAUCUUGACCAUAUUGUCAAUAUAGAACACUUUGUUUUUCCCUUUUGCUUAGAAAGGCCCUCACUGUAGCUUGUAUUUAGGGUGGUGUAGGAGGCAACUUUUCUGUUUCUGGUUACUUUUUUCAUUCUAGAAAAUAGAUAAGGAUAGGAUUUUUAUAAAGUAUAUGAUGUUGUUGUUCUGAGCUUGUUUUAACUGACCUUAUGUCAUAAUCUUUGUCUUUGACUUUUUGUAGAAUCCUAUGUGUUUCUAAAAUACAUGCAGAGAACCACGUUUUGGCAAGUAUUGUACACUUAUUAAACUACUGAUUUGUUUGUAAAGAAGCUGAGGUACUGGACACCGAAUGGUAACACAGUUAGGCUUUUACUGCCUAAAUGCUAACUGUUGUCUUUAGAUAGUUCACACUCUGAAGGUGAAGUUUCAUUUAUGUCAUAAAACCUGCUCAACCUGCUUCAAGGGAUUUAUUAAAAUGAGUAGAUGCCCUCACGAGCAGCAAGGGGCCUUAAAACGAAUUAAAAAAGAAAACGCAAUCCACAUGUAAGAUAAGAUAAACCUUUAUGAGUCCCACACGUAGGAAAUUUUUGGGUCACAGCAGAAAGCACAAGUUAAGAGCAGUAAAAAUUAAAAAAAAAAUAGAAUAGAAUAAGAUAACAUAACAUAACAUACUGUACAAAAUAUUAAAAAGUUAAAAUGAGGAUUAAAUUUAAGGUCUUAUGUAAUUAAUAUCACACAAAUAGUUGAAGCUGCAUUCAUUCAUAUUUGACACCAUUUUGACAGAAAGAUUUUAAAUAAUGUUUCUUCAUUUAGAUUACUAGAGCUAUUGAAUAAGAUAUUUAUGUGUAUGUCAGUUAGUGCCUCCUUCAGGCCCCUAAAUCUUUGUUGGAUUUUUUAAAAUUUACUAUUUAAUAUGUCAUUUAAAACAGUUCCUAUGAAAAAAAAAAUCACUUGCCAGAUAUUCUUUUACUUUACCUUACUUUAGCAAAGACUGGUUUACUUCUGUUAAAGUUUUUGUGUUUUCAGUCAACAUAACUUGUUGAUACUUUUAAGCCACCACCUCUGGACCACUACUUCUGUUUGGGCAGUUCAUCAACUCUCAUUAGUUUCUUUUUUUCUUUCUUUCUCUUUUUUUUUCAUUCACUAAUAUUAAGGUGUGUUCACAGCAGUGAAAA